CCCUGUCUCCUCUGGGACUCUCCUGGGGGUCGAGUUCACGGCGGUUUAGCUCUUGCAAUUUGCCUGCAGCUCUGACAAAGGCGGGCUUGGCUCUCUGGAGUUGAGCGGUGCCUAAAGCAAGCGCUCGCCAUCCUCCUCAAGGCGUGUUGAACCUCGACUUGCUGCUCUCAUAAUGCUCUUGUGGCCACGCUGAUACGAAGGGACAACCUUAGGAGGAGGAGGUGACAGUUUUUCUUGCAUGAACCGAUAGAAGCAGGAAGAAACAAGGGGCUUUGUUGCUGACUGCUGCCACUGCACGUGGGAGAUGAACAACCUGGAGGAAGGGGUGGAGUUCCUGCCUGCCAUGAACUCCAAGAAGAUGGAGAAGCACGGCCCAAAGCGGCGGGUGGUCGUCUCCGUCACGAUCGUUGUUUUUCUGCUCAUCUCCCUCGUCACCGGGCUCCUGGUCUGGCACUUCAGAUACAGGAACGUGGCCGUCCGGAAGGUCUUCAACGGCCACUUGCGGGUCCUGAACUGGGACUUCCUUGAUGCUUAUGAGAACUCCAGCUCGCCGGAGUUCGUCAUGCUGGCCAAGAAGGUGAAGAGCACGGUGGAGGAGAUCUACAGGAAUCACGCAGACAUUGGCCCUUACCACAAAGAGACAGUGAUAACUGCGUUCAGUGAAGGCAGUGUCAUUGCCUACUACUGGUCGGACUUCCUCGUCCCCAAGUACCGGGAGGAGAACCUGGACAGGGCGAUGGCAGACAAGCAGAGCCUGGCCCAGCGCUGGAACCCCCGCCUGCGAAACCCCAUGCUGAAGGUGGAGUCGGUCAUCGCUUUCCCUGCCGACCCCAGCAUAGCUCACUCCGCUCGGAACAAUAGCUGCAUGUUUGCCCUCCACGCCAAGGAAGGGGAGGUCACCAGUUUCACCACGCCGGGCUUCCCCAACAGCCCGUACCCCAACAACGCGCUCUGCUACUGGGCCCUGAGGGCAGAUGCCAACUCCAUCAUCAGCCUGACCUUCAAGACGCUGGAGCUGGAGCAGUGCACGGAUGACAGUGACUACAUCAAGGUGUACAACUCUCUGAGCCCCGUGGAGCCCCACGCUUUGGUCAGGCUCUGUGGGAGUUACGCCCCUUCCUACAACCUGACCUUUCUGUCCUCCCAGAACGUCAUGCUCGUCACGCUGGUUACCAACAAGGAGGGGAGAUUCCCCGGCUUCAAAGCUGAGUUCUUCCAGCUCCCCAAGAUGAAAGCCUGUGGCGGCACUCUGCGGGGGGAGAGCGGCACCUUCACGACUCCCUAUUACCCGGCACACUACGCCCCAGCCAUGGACUGUGUCUGGAACAUCGAGAAAACAACAUGCCGCCGACUCCGCUUCCCUUCGCAGGUCCCCUCUAAGAAGAACGUGAAGGUGCGUUUCAACACGUUCUUUGUGCUGGAGCCCGGGAUCCCGGUCAGCUCCUGCACCAAGGACUACGUGCAGAUCAACAGCACGAGGUACUGCGGGGAGCGUUCCCAGUUUGUGGUGGCCAGUACUACCAACAAAAUAGAAGUCCGGUUCCACUCAGACCAGUCCUACACAGACACUGGCUUCUCCGCCGAGUACCUGUCCUACGACUCCAGCGAUCCCUGCCCUGGCAAAUUUACCUGCGCCACCGGCCGCUGCAUCGACAGGAGCAUGCGCUGCGACGGGUGGCUGGACUGCGUCGACGGCAGCGACGAGAGAUCCUGCACCUGCACCGAGCAGCAGUUCAGGUGCCAGAACGGCUGGUGCAAGCCCAAAUUCUGGGUCUGUGACAACGUGAACGACUGCGGCGACAACAGCGACGAGCUGCAGUGCAGCUGCGCCGCCGACACCUUCAAGUGCAGCAGCGGGAAGUGCAUCCCCGAGGGGCAGAAGUGUGACGGCCGGGACGACUGCGGGGACGGCAGCGACGAGGGCAGCUGCAGCAAACCUGAAGCCGUCCCCGCAACGGUCCCCUGCAAGGAGCACACCUACAAGUGCCGCAGCGGGAGCUGCAUCAGCAAACAGAACCCCGAGUGCGACGGGGAGCGGGACUGUGAAGACAAUUCUGACGAGGACAACUGCGACUGCGGGAUCCGCUCCUACACGAGGAAGUCGCGGAUCGUCGGCGGGCAAAACUCGGAGGUGGGCGAGUGGCCGUGGCAGGUCAGCCUCCACGUCAAGGGCCAGGGCCACAUCUGCGGGGCCUCGCUGGUCUCGAGGAGCUGGCUGGUGUCGGCGGCGCAUUGCUUCCUGCAGCUGCAGGGCAUCAGGUACUCGGACCCCAGCCUGUGGACAGCCUACCUGGGCCUGACCAACCAGGGCAACCUCAACGAGGCCAACGUGCAGACCCGGAAAAUCAAGCGCAUCAUCUCCCACCCUUUCUUCAACGACUACACCUACGACUACGACAUCGCCGUGAUGGAGCUGCAGAGCCCCGUCACCUUCUCCUCCGUCGUCCAGCCCAUCUGCCUGCCCGCUGCCACCCACAACUUCCCCGUGGGCAAGGACCUGUGGGUGACGGGGUGGGGAGCCACCCUGGAAGGAGGCAGCGGGGCCUCCGUCCUGCAGAAAGCAGAAAUCCGGCUCAUCAACCAGACCGUGUGUAACGAGCUGCUGAAGGACCAGCUCACGCCGCGCAUGAUGUGCGUGGGGAUCCUGACGGGCGGCGUGGACGCCUGCCAGGGCGACUCCGGGGGCCCCCUGGUCAGCGUGGAGCCCAGCACUCGCAUGUUCCUGGCCGGCGUCGUGAGCUGGGGCGACGGCUGCGCCCAGAGGAACAAGCCCGGGGUGUACAGCCGCCUCACCAGCCUGCGCCCCUGGAUCACAGAGCAGACGGGGCUCUAGAGCCACUCGUGGAGGCCCCCACCUCGGCCCGGGGCGCUCAGCCUUCCCUCCCAGCAGCCGCUACUGUGAACUUCGACCUUCCCUCUACCUCGCCGCAAGCGCCUGGGACGCCCCGCGCGUACGGAACAACCAGAGCUGGGGGUUUAGUUUAGCCCUUAGCGUUCUCGCCUCUCAAAAGUUUUAAAAAAAAUAAUAAAAACAAAGUUUGGAGCAUAGGAAAUCUCCCUUUGUGGGUAAGCUAGCGCAGCUCUCAACUUGACAGAGCAGUCGUUCAAGCUAUAUAUGAAAAUAAUAAAAAGAUUGCCUCUAAACCCACCAAUUUUAUGGAGACAGGUUUAAAAACAAGCUUUACAGAAUAUAUUUUUUCCCCUGUGUGUGUUUUCCAAGCCCUUUCUCUCUGGGCUUCAUGCGUGGGGAGAGGGGGGAAAGGAGUUCUUACCAUGAUUUGGGGGGAUCCCCUUCAGGCUCCUUCCCUGCGUCUGGUCCUGCGCCCCGGCCUCUUCCUCCUGUCCUCUGUCCCAGCCGGCUUCUGGACACCCAGAAUCUGGGGCUGAAAGAGGGAAAUGGGGCUGAAAGGUGGUGUCGCUCCCCCCGGGGCUGCUGGGCCGAUCGGCAUCGCCACCCUGCGCUCAGCAGCUUCCCCUCCUGCACCUUUGUCCCCCGCAACACCAACACGGGUUUGCUGUGCCAGACAAGGGUCUCCAACCCUUCUUACUGUUGUAAAGAAAAAUGCAACAAUGUGACUUGUGAAUGUGCUGAUUUGAUUUCUUUUUUUUUUUUUUUUUUUUUUCCCCUGUGGAGCCUGUUCCUUGCCCUAGAAGAGCACACUCCGGUUGAGUUAGCCCCCCCUCCUUGCCUGUAAAUACAUUGUUUUGUAAAACACUAUAUGAAGUGGAAACGCUCUAAUAAACCGGGAUAUUUUUUAAUA